AUGCGACUUCAAGAGACAGUCAAAAGGAAGUUAGAAGGCACUCGUUCACCUCUCAAUGGAGAACAGCAGAAUGGAGUUUGCGAUGGGAGCUUUUCUCCAACCAGCAAGCGGACAAGGAAGGAUGUGCCAGGCAUUGAGGCAAUCAACAGCCUGCCCAAUAAUUUGCCUUUGCCUGCUGUUUCUCCUCUUCACCAGCUUGACAUGAAAGCUCCCCUGCCCCUGCAGAACAGCGGAACUCACAGUAGCGGUCUAGAAGACUUGGGUGAAAAUGGUGGGCUUUCCGAGAUAAAGCUCCCUGUUAAUGGCUGCAGUGAGCUAGAUGAUAGUUUUAACAUCCUGCAGAACAAGGAGCUAAAACAAGAGCCUUUGGAUGACUCCAACUGCAUAGACACUUCUGAAACAUCUCUUUCGAAUCAGAACAAGCUCUUCUCAGACAUUAACCUGAACGAUCAAGAGUGGCAGGAGCUAAUAGAUGAACUGGCAAACACGGUUCCAGAGGAUGAUAUACAAGAUCUGUUCAAUGAAGACUUCGAAGAGAAGAAGGAGCCAGAAUUUCCCAGGCCUGCCACAGAGACUCAAGAGAGCGCAAGCGUGAAAAGCGACCCAUCUCAUUCUCCAUUUGCUCACGUUCCACUAGGGUCUCCCCAGGUGAGGCCGUCUUCGUCUGGUCCUCCGUUUUCCAACGUCUCCACAGCCUCCAGCAUAACUUCUGUGUCCAGCGCCCCACCAGCCCCAGUCCCUGCCGGCUCACCAGCAAACUGUGUUGUUCAGUCACCUCAGACUCCCAGCCAGGCCCACACCCCAGGCCAGACGCAGGCGCGCUCUGGAAAUGGCUACCUUAUGAACCCAGCAGCAGCCACCGUGGCGGGACCGGGGCCUGGGCCGGUGAACAUGCCGAGCGCUGACUUGUCUCCAGCUGAGCAGCUCAAGCAGAUGGCAGCCCAGCAGCAGCAAAGAGCCAAGCUCAUGCAGCAGAAGCAGCAGCAGCAUCCAAAUCAGCCCUCAAGCUGGUCACCUGUGGGCCCUCCAUCUAGUCCCUACGGAGGACCCUUCAGUGCAGACAAACCAAAUAGUCCAAUGAUGUAUCCUCAAGCCUUUAACAACCAAAACCCAAUAGUGCCUCCUAUGGCAAACAAUCCCCAGAAGACCACAAUUAAUAACUACCUCCCUCAAAAUCACAUGAACAUGAUCAGUCAGCAGCCAAAUAACCUGGUCACAAACUCCUUGAGCAAGCAGCCCAAUAUGCUUUCUUACGGCAACACCAAACCUCUGACCCAUUUCAAUGCUGAGCUGAGUCAGAGGAUGACCCCACCAAUGGCAAAUCCCAGCAAGAAUGCCAUGAUGCCAUACAUCCAGCAGCAGCAGUCCCAGCAGCCCCAGAUGCAGGCUCAGAUGGCGCACCUGAGCGAGGAACAGAAGCGCAUGCUCAUCAUGAAGCAGAAAGGAAUGAUGAAUCAGCCCAUGGCAUAUGCAGCACUUCCUGCCCUUGGACAGGAGCACCAAGUGGGAUUGUCGCGGACCACAGGGCCGAUGCAGCCUUCUGUGCCACCAGGCUCCAGCAAUGUGGUCACGGGUGCGAGCUCUGGGGGUCCCUUCCUAGGGAACCAGCCUCAGGCAGCCAUCAUGAAGCAGAUGCUGAUAGAGCAGAGAGCCCAGCUCCACGUAAUAGAGCAGCAGAAACAGCAGUUUCUCCGAGAGCAAAGGCAGCAGCAGCAGAUCCUAGCGGAGCAGCAGUUGCAGCAGCAGUCACAUUUGCCUCGGCAGCAUCUGCAGCAACAGCGAAGCCCGUAUCCAGUGCAACAGGUCAACCAGUUCCAAGGUUCACCCCAGGAUAUAGCAGCUGUGAGAAACCAAGCAGCACUCCAGAACAUGAGGACAUCCCGAAUGAUGGCCCAGAACGCGAGCAUGAUGGCAAUGGGUCCCUCCCAGAACCCGAGCACGCUGCCCACGACUGCGGGCCAGUCGGAUGUGGGCAUGGCUCCUUACAGCAACACCUCCUCCAGCCAGCCGGGAAUGUACAGUAUGAGCACAGGGAUGAGCCAAAUGUUGCAGCACCCAAACCAAAGCAGCAUAAACAUGGCACAUAAUGCAGGCCAGGGGACAAGGCAGCCUGCCUCUGGACAAGCAGUGGGAAUGGUUGGCAGUUUUGGUCAGAACAUGCUGGUAAACUCCGCUCUUCCCCAGCAUCAGCAGCAGAUGAAAGGACCUGUGGGCCAGGUCUUACCAAGGCCACAAGCACCACGACUUCAGAACCUGAUGGGGACUGUCCCUCAAGGAACACAAAACUGGCAACAGCGAGGCUUGCAAGGCAUCCCUGGAAGGACUAGCGGUGAAAUGGGGCCCUUCAAUAACGGCACCACGUACGCGAUGCAGUCUGGGCAGCCACGGCUGUCCAAGCAGCACUUCCCGCAGGGGCUUAAUCAGACAGUUGUGGACACAAGUGGAACAGUAAGAGCCCUGAACCCCGCUCUGGGAAGACAGUUGCUGCAACCACUACCUGGGCAACAGGCAGCCAGCCAGGCCAGGCCCAUGGUGAUGUCAGCAAUCAGCCAAGGGGUCCCCACCAUGUCAGGCUUCAGCCAGCCCCCGACGCAGCAAAUGCCAGGUGGUAACUUCGCUCAGAGCAGCCAAGGCCAAGCAUACGAGAGGAAUCCCACUCAGGACAUACCUUACAACUACAGCAAUGAAGGAGCAGGGGGGUCAUUCUCCAGUUUAGCAGAGGGCGCAGACCUCGUGGACUCCAUCAUUAAGAGCGGACCAGGGGAUGAGUGGAUACAAGAACUUGAUGAGUUGUUUGGAAACCCCCAGUGAAUGGGCUUGUACAGUCUGGAGCUUUGGUUGUUACAUUUGAAAAAGAGAGAGUUGGAUGUUCUCCCCAUCCCUGGAUGGUUGGUUUUGUUUUUUUGUUUGAAUUGUUUUGGUUUGAGGUUGUUUUGUUUUCUGUUGUUUUUAAUCAUGCAAACUGAGCUGAUCUGUAGCCAACCUUGGAAGAUUCAGGGGACGAUGACAACAUUGGCAUCUCAAGGCAUUCUACCAGGCAACCUUUGCUGUAUGGCAGUGCCCACUCUGUGUCUUUAUGAGGCAGAGUGGGGAAACUGGAAAGGCCAGCUGAUGCCUCUGGUUGGGAAAAUUUGUUCUUUCCCCUCUUCAAAUGAGGUUUCAUUGCAUAGUGGUAUGGGGUGCUCCUAAUGUCUCCCACCUCAUAUAACUGUGAACACUGCAGCUUUCAGGGGAGCAGAUGAAAAGCCUGGAGCAAAGCCCACAGAUGUCCAUGGGCAAUUGCACAAGCCCUGGUCAGAAAUGGGCUUAACCCUGGGGUAGGCAGGUCUCGGUGAGCCAUGGGAUCUGGGCUGUCAUAAGGGAACGUGCAGCACUCACGUGAUAAACCCAAACAAAUCACAGGGAGAUCACCAUUUUCACUGCAGAGAGAUAAAACAUCAGUACAAGUACAGGAGAACAUUAAAUUUGUCAGUGUUGUGAGGACAGUUUGAUUAUGGGACUGCUGCUGGAGACAGCUUAGGUGGGUGGGUUGACUUAAUGAGCUGCUUAGUCCCCUUGGGACUUGCAAUAGUGCUUCCCUGACAGAGCACUUUGGCAUAUACCUGCUGCCUGGGGGUGUUAAAGGGCUGAGAGGUACCAAGAGACACCAGCAUAGGUCCUGAGCAGGUCCCUCCAUCUCCUUCCUUCACAGUAUGUUCUCAGUUCAUUUCCCUCCCCUCCUGUCCUUAAAUGUAAAGCAAGGUGAGCUGGCUGCAAUUUUUUUCAGGUGAGCCACAAAGGAGCAGGCAGGGGAUGAGAAAACAGGCAUGAGAAAACAUACAGUGAGAGUCUGGCACACAGAAGGAUUUUCUCUUCCUCACUUGAAAAGUGCAAGUUUAGCAGGUAGUAUUACCCCGGGGUGUCUGGUCUCUUAAUGGGUUGUGUUCAGUUUUAAACUGAUGUUUGGUCUAAUCUCUCUGGUUUGCUGGAAUAAAAUUCAAUGCAGCUUUUGAAGAACAGGAGCCAGUGAAGGACUACUGUAAAGAAUGGGUAAAAUAAUUGAUAUUACAAACAUGGGCUCUGCCCAACUAAGGUUUUAUGUGAUAGCAAUGUAUCACUAUCUCCACUGUGUGGACCAGUACUGACCAACAAUGUAAUGAAAUUGUGAUAUAUCUCACACAAUAUCAAGUCACCAGCCAUUCUGAAUGUGUGUAAAGCAGCAGUUCCCAAGCUGCAGUCAGUGGCUGAGGAAAGGUGUUCUCCCAAACCUCGAAUCUUUUUAGUGUUUUCAGCUGAGAGCUGCUUAUCAGGUUAUAUAGCAGUGCAUAAAAAAUGUUAACGUGAUCCAGAGUCCAGAACUUUUGGCACCCUCUGACGUAGUGCUGGCCUCUGUUAGCCAUCAGCUGUGCUCUGCAGCAAAAGUGUACAACUACCAAUUACCUCCUUAGCAACCAAUU